CAUUGGUACAUGCCCACAUCCCAAAACAAUUGGUUCCAAAAUUCAUUAACAAUUUUAAGGAAGGUUCAGUUUGGGCUGUUAAGAAUUUCUUGGUCAUCAACAACUUCUACACGUACAGGACAACCCCUCACAAGUACAUGAUCAAGUUCAAUUACCAGACUAUAGCUAAGCAAUUCAAAAGAAUUGAGUUUCCAAGUCAGAUGUUCCGUCUCACACCAUUUGAGGCUCUAAAAGUUGAAGGUGUUAAUGAUAAGCUGUUGAUGUAAUUGGAAAAGUGGCUGAAAUAUACUCACCUCAAGAAAAAAUGAUUUCUGGGAGAACAACUCGGCUUAUAGACUUUAUCAUUGAGGAUUUAAGUGGAAAUCAGAUUAGGUGUACUCUAUGGGAUGAUCAUGUUGGUAAGAUUGAGCCAUUUUUUAAUGCAAGUAGUCAUGAACCAAUGGUGGUGAUCUUGCAGUUCUGUCGAAUUAGGAGAGAUGCCACGAAUGGCGAGGUGAGGCUUUGCAGCUCAUAUGAUGUGACACAAGUCCUUAUUAACCAGCAAUCUAAAGAGUUUUUGGAGUUUAGGGAGAGUUUAAUUCUUCGUGGUGUGCAAACACCCAUGAGGAGCAUUGAAUCCUUUCCAAUGAUGGAGCAGACCCAAUGUAAUGCUCAAGAUAUGAAAACUAUCAGUGAAAUUUACCAAACCAGAGAGUAUGGGGACUACUGGGUUGCAGCUAGGAUAGUUGCUAUAGAGGAUUCUGUCAAUUGGUAUUACAGUUCAUGUAGAGCUUCUGGCUGUAACAAGAAGCUUGAGUCAAAGGUGGGCUAUAUUACUGUACAAAGUGUGAAAAGAGCUGUCGAGAAGGUAAUUUGAGAUACAGGUUGAAGAUCAGAGUUGCAGAUCUAGAAGGAAAUGCACCUUUUCUCCUUUGGGACAGAGAGUGCAAUCAGCUAUUGGGAAUUUCUGUUGCAGAGUUGAAGUCAAGGCAUUCAAAUGUAUAUUUUUAUAACAUUUUAGUUCUGGGAAUAUAUAUAAAUGUAUUUUACAGUA